UUUUAUAAAAUAAUUAUAUACACCACUAUUUUGUACGUUCCUAAUGUUAGACAAACAUGGUACAAUAAAGCAAGUAGCGUCGUUCUUUUUGAUCUUUUCGAAUGAUAACUAGCCUUAAAUGUGGCAACAAUGUUCGUCUACCUGUAGGAAAGGUUUUCAAAUACAUCUACCUAAGCCUAUUUGUAGUUUUUUUCGUGUGUAUAUGUUUUGUGGUAGUCGUAUAGUGGUAAAAUGGCGAGAAUUAAUUUAAGUUAUUACUUUAUUUGUGUAUUUUUGUUAAUUUCCCUGAGGAUAUCAACGACAGCAUCUUCAAGUGAUUAUAAUUUCUACGAUUCAGGGUCUUCACACCACGUAUCAGAACAUUCGCUGACCAUAGAAUUAUUCGACGAUAAAAUUCCGCACAGUAAUCAAAAAAGGGAUUUGGACCAUAACAAUGCGCCCGCGACGGAUGCUAGAAAUAUUUCAACUACUACUCCUGUACCAAAAAAGAAAACAGGCAAAAUGGACAAAAAUCCUUACCCGCUGGACGUGACAAAAUCCGGUAUAAUGGCGGAUAAAUCAUCGAAGUCUCACGACGAUAAAGUGAACAUUGCAACGCCACUGGUGCACAAUAUGGAAAAUGCGAAUGAGAAAAACGAAACCGCUCCGUCCAUAAACCUGCCCAGGUUUCCGAGCGAUAUUGACACGCCUGAAGGUGGAAAGAAAUUUAAUGAAACGUUGAAGAACCAUAAUAUUACCAGCACAAAAACGAAUAACAUUUCUUUUUAUAGCAGUAAAGUUAGCAACGACCCGAAAUUAGGAAAAUCGUACUGGGUAGACAUGAAAAAUACGUCCGAUGUCAAAGUCAGCAAAUUGUUAUCGGAAUCGCACAGAAGAGCUGCGACUGUGAAGCUGUCUUUCGAGUUUCCCUUCUACGGCCACUUGAUCAAAAACGUGACGAUAGCGACAGGUGGUUUUCUGUAUACCGGCGAUUACGUCCACUCAUGGCUCGCCGCGACGCAAUAUAUAGCGCCUUUGAUGGCCAAUUUCGAUACGAGCAUAUCGAAUACGAGUUUUAUCAAGUAUUUGGACAACGGCACCUCGUUUACGGUCGAAUGGGAACGAGUUACUUUACAGGAUAAACCGGAGCACGAGUUCACGUUCCAAACGACGUUAUUCAAAAAUGGGGAUAUUGUGUUCGUGUACAAAGAAGUCCCUAUUUUCGUUGAAGACAUUGCCGAAAUUCACCAUCCCGUCAAAGUGGGGCUGUCGGAUGCUUACAUUAUGGAUCAAGAGGUGCUAUUUACGAGAAGGAAGACUAUUUUCGAAUACGACAGGGUAAACAUCAACAAAACUGAAAUCAGGAAUUGGACGUCGGUAUAUUUGGCGGCCUUACCCACGUGCAUGAGUAGUAACGACUGUGUAUCGUGCGUUACGAAGAAUAUCGGUUACCCUUGCAGCUGGUGCCCGACGGCGAACAAAUGUUCGCACGGCUUCGACCGACACCGUCAGGAAUGGCUGUCGAAAGACUGUCGCACCACCGCGUUCACGAACGUCACGUACUGUCAUUCGUACGUCAACAAAUACCCGGGCACGUCGUACAACAGCUCGACCGCUGACGAAGAAGACGGUUACAACGAGGCGGACGGCGGGCAGAGCAACGCUUUGUUGUCCAGAUUGCAGAGGCAGGACAAGGUGGGGACUUCGAGCAUCGUCGCGGUGCUGUUUUUGGUCGGUACGAUUUUCGGCAUGGUCGUGUGGUUGUUUUACGCGUACAGGAACCCGCACACGUUCAGCGGACAGAUUUUGAUCAGGUAUCGUCCAAGCCAAUGGAGCUGGAGACGAGGGGAGGCGCGAUACACAGCAGCCACCAUCCACAUGUGAUCAACUGGUGUUUUUUUGAAUGCAGAAAAGUACGUUGCAGCAGCGCAAACUGCGGAACUGACCAAACGUCGGAUCAAUCUCGAUGCUAGAUACCAAAAUAGUGCGUUUCUUCUAAGAGAAGCUAUGUUGCAUCUAGGUUCUUUGUACGUGUAGCACAUGGACGAUGGACGAUCGGUCUGGUAGCCAUCACAAAACUAAAAGUUCUACUCGCGGCGGGCUGACAACGAAAGACUGCGGUUUUUCGUUUAAAAAAUUGAAACUCGACGAUUUGAACAAGUGACAUAUUUUCGCGUUGCUUUCAGACUCCGUAAAUUAUUCCUAUAAUGAAUGAAUCCAAAUACAGUUUAUGUUCAAUAAUCAAUCUAGGAUUUAAUUUGGGUUAAAGAAUAUGUUUUUACAUCUCAAUAAAAAAAAAGUUGUCCAAAAUGGUAAAAUGUGUUGUUGUCAACCGUAUUUACUGGGUUUUUAGAGAAAUUCAACCGACGCUAUUUUAUUGUGAUGUUAGUCAAAAAUUCUAUCUUUGAAAUGGACUCUGUGUUCUUUGAUUCUUUUAACCAUGACUUGGUACUUGUAGUAGGAUCCAAGUCCUAUACUGAGCUGGGAAUUUCGUAUUGAACAAAGUAUCUGAAUUUUUUUUGUAUAAGAAAUAUUCUCGUGAUGUAGCUGCUGGACUAGGUAAGUGUCUGACCAUAAAUCACGAAAGAAAGACAAUCGACGUUUUUUAUACUUUAUCGCACAAUUUCAACCGAUGAACUACAUUUGCAGGUUGCUUUUUCCGAUCGCACAUUUUAACAUUUUAUCGCUUGUCCAAUUUCAUUGCAGUUUUUUUUUAUUUAGCAUGACUGCUACAAUUACAUUCUUUUAAAAAACUACAAGAAUUAGAUAACAUACAGAUAUUUAGAAAAACACAAUUUGCAUUUAUAUUCCUUUAAUUUUCAUUUAAAAUUCUUUAAAUUACAAGCAGACAGUUUGAGAAUGUUUGAAGGGAAAUUAAAAACAUACUUCAUGGAAAACCAGUGGAGUUUUGUUUAAAAAUAUGUAGACUUGAAGAUGUUGUGUAUAACGUUACAGCAGAAUAUCACGAAAUAACGAUAAGAAGUGUGAAUUUUAACGGCAAAUUCACGUAAAGUUUUCUACAACUUUUCUUCUCUGCCUUGGAGCAGACAUUUUCUAUUUGAUUGCGAUGCGUUUUAAAGCAUCGUGCAGAGAAAGGUUACAUUUACAUCAAUAUAAAGUAAGUGAUGAUGUUAAAAUAAUUGAUCAAAAAAGGUGCUAGUUAAGUUGAGGGUUGUGUUUUUUUAUCUGUUUCGGCUAUGAUUAGAAAUGAUUGAUCACUGAAAAGCGGUUCUUUCUUUUUGUGAUUUGUGCGUCUGACAAUCAGUUGUGGUAUUUCUGUGAUAAGUCGUAUAUAAUUAAGGUCUCCAAAUUUUUUUGUAUAAUCGCGAUGCCUUGAAAGUGCCUCCAUUAUCUACCACCGGUAACAUUUAAGCAAAGAGGUAUUUUUAUAAAUAAGAAUCAUACACGAAUAUUUACAAUACAUAUUUUAAAUAUAGACGAUGCAUGAGUGUUGUGUAUUGAAUUUGUUUCUUAACAAUGUUGCUUCUUUUUGCAUAAUUUUAACUUGACUUCCAUAUAAGAUUGUUUUAACUUGAUGAUUGUGUAUAUCCAGUGCUGGCAAAGUCGUUUUUCCUUUUAGAUUUGUGUGUGCGAGAGAGAGAGAAGCGUUUUUGAAAUAUUGUAUCAUAUAAACGUCAUUACCACGUUGCCAGGCAACGACAAUUAUAUGGCGCACUUUUUCUAAAACGUUCCUCUCACUUCUAUCUCUCUCGUGCACAUCGAAGUGAAAACCACUUUUGCCAGCAAAGUAUUGCUUACAAAAAAGUAGGUCUAUUAAUUCUUUAACUUGCAGUUACAUUUUAGCUGUACAUUUUUUAAUCAAAGUGACCACUUUUUAUGUAGUUUUACUGUUGAUACUUUUACGAAUCAAUUUAUUAUAUUUAUGUGAUUAUAUUUACCUUUACAAUAUCAACAGACUCUUUUUUAGCAUUGAGUCGUUAUCAUGUACAGAUUUUAAGAAAUUCCUUAAACUAACGCAUAAAAAUGGUGCAUAUAUUUUGGAAAAUCGUGCAAUAUUUUUAAUCCACAUUCCAAGUUUCCACAAAAUUACAGAAAAGGUAUUUAGUAAUUUAUUUGUUAGAAAUGUUACGGAUAUUCC